AUGGAUCUCCUCAGCUUUCCUGGACGGCAGCGCCUGACGGACCUUUGCCUUGAGUUCGAGUUGUUAGGGAUGGCUUUCUUCGUUCUCGUGGCAGUUUUCGGCGCGGUGCUAUACCGGAUUUGUGGGACAAGCUGGGCCAACAAGAUCACUUCCCACCCAUAUGUGCGAUUCGCAUAUGCCUGUAUGAUCAAGCCACAUGAAAAAAAGGCCGACGGCGGGCAACAGACGGCGCUGGAGAGCUUCUACUCCUCUCAGGCAAGUGUCUACGACGCCACUAGAAAGCGUCUGCUUCAAGGGAGGGAGGAUAUGUUGGCAAUCCUUGCCGCCGAGCUACAGUCGAGGGCGCAAUCAAAGCCGGGCCGUAAGCCGGUAUGGUACGAUGUGGGCGGAGGAACCGGCUACAACAUCGAAGUCAUGGACAAGUUGGUGGGGAUUGAGGGUUUCUUUGAGCAUGUGUUCCUCAUCGACCUAUCCACUUCGCUCUGCAAGGUAGCCAAUGACCGAGUCCGCGCACAUGGCUGGAAGAAUGUCACCGUCUUAUGCCAGGAUGCCCGUCAACUAGCUUGUACGCCCUCUUCGGCAGAUCUCAUCACGAUGAGCUACAGUUUGUCAAUGAUCCCCGACUUUUACAGCGUGGUGGACUUGAUUUCAGGCUUCCUAGCCCCGACUGGCCUUGUCGGAAUCUGCGAUUUCUAUGUCCAAAGCAUUGUCGACAUAUCUUCGCGAAACUACGUCGGGGGAACUUUCAAUCGGCACGUCAACUGGUUUGGGCGGAUGUUUUGGCGGACUUGGUUUGAUGCCGAUCGAGUCAAUCUCGAUGGCGGUCGACGGGACUACGUGGAAUAUCGAUUCGGCACUAUCCUGUCGGCAAGCGAGCGAAACUAUUCCCUGGGCGGCAUUCCAUAUUAUAUUUUUGUUGGAUGCAGACGUGAUGCUGAUAUGUACGCCGAGCGCGGCGAGGAGGUUCUUGCGAAACUUGAUGCCGCCCUGACCGAAUCCCCCUACCUAUCGCCCAUGAAAUUCCGGGAGCAACGAACGUUGGAUGCUGAGCACAACGUGCCUCAUUCCAAAUCAUACGAAUCGGCAAUUGUGAACCUUACCUCCAACCUGCCCUUGCCGGCAACCUUUUACCAACAACAUCAUUGGAGAAUACACUACAAUGACCUACUCAGCAAGCACCAACAGUUUGGCAACGAGUACAUUUACGCAUUCAACUGGGAGGAUCCUAAGGUCGACCGCCAGCUUCUGAACAUCAACAAAGACGACGUUAUCCUCACCAUCACCAGUGCUGGAGACAAUAUCCUUGAUUACCUUCUAGAGAAGCCGAGACGGAUACAUGCAGUCGACCUGAAUCCUAAUCAGAAUCAUCUUCUUGAACUCAAAGUUGCCGCUUUCACCGCAUUGCCUUACAGUGACGUUUGGCAGUUGUUUGGCGAGGGCACACAUCGCGAUUUCCGCAAUCUCCUUCUCACAAAGUUGAGCCCGCACAUGUCGAGCCAGGCAUUCCAGUACUGGCUUAACCGAGCUCAGAUCUUCAGCUCACCCGGCGGGCUUUACGCCACAGGCGGGUCCCGACAUGCAAUCAAACUGGUUCGGCGGCUGACCAAGUUGUUUGGAUUGACAUCCAAGGUCCAAACGAUGUGUAAAGUGGACACAUUGAACGAGCAGAGAGAGAUCUGGCCCUCCAUAAGACGGGUUCUAUUGAGUUGGCCGUUACACCGAGCCGUUGUGUCGACAGAAUGGUGGGCUUGGAAGGCUGCGGGUGUGCCCGCUGCCCAACAUGCGCUUAUUGUGGAUGACUAUUGUCAACGCAUGAAGCUGCCGAAAACGAAGAAAACGAGUGGUGAAGCCAUUUGGCAGUACGUCAUUGACACGUUAGAUCCCGUGGUCGAAACAACGCAGCUGAGCCGGGACAACUAUUUCUACUAUGUCUGUCUGCAAGGAAAGUAUUCGAAGCGAUGUCAUCCGCGUUACCUUGGACCCAAGGCACAUACGACUCUUUCGAAGCCCGGUACCUUUGAUGGCCUGCGGAUACAUACAGAUGAGUUCAUGGAAGUGAUUGCGCGGAUUAGUCCGUCCACGUUGACCAUUGCCAUUCUCAUGGACUCCAUGGAUUGGUUCAACCCUGCCGAAUCUGCCGCAAAGGAACAGAUUGUCGCUCUCAACAAGGUACUCAAGGUGGGCGGGCGCGUGCUGUUCCGCUCGGCCGCUCUACGUCCGUGGUACACCGACAUUUUCGAACAAAAUGGAUUCGAGGCAAAUUGCGUCGGGCGGAGGGAUUCAGGGAAGUGUAUCGAUCGGUAG